AUGGCCUUACCGGCCCUAGAUAUUCCCACAUGGUCGCCUGGCUUCCUUGCCGGCAAGCAGAAGAUACCGCGCAGUAUCCUUCGAGUUCACCGGGACCAGCAAGAAUUACUCGACCGCCAAGAUGCCUGGAAUCCAGAUGGUUUUGCAAAUGUGCCAGCAGAGCUUCUGCAAGAAGUCAAGGCGCAGUACAUCCGCAGUAUCGCACCUCCACCUUCGCCACUACAAAGAACUCCCUCUCCGGCACCACAGCACACAGAAUCCGUAAGAGAGGAUGAGGAACAAGACGAACCAUCAACACCGAAACCAACCGGUACAGGUUCCGAAGAGGGAACACCCAUCCCUUGGUCGCCAUCUCCGGAGCACCAUAUCCGACCAACGACACCUGUUAACGACGGCGAAGCAAAGGAUAGAACACCAGAAUUGGAGCCAUCACCAGAACACGACUCUACCCCUAAACAGGCGACAAUAGCAACUCCCGACCUCCCCACUCGGGCCCUACCGGAACGACUUUGGUCCCAGAAACGCCCAGCAGAACAUCGCCCAUCAUCUCCACCAGUCUUCAAAGUCAAGGCUCGCGUUCCCUUCUUGCCAGAAUUCCCUCCGAGCAGUAGCGUUGCUUCCGAGGGCGGAUUGGAAUUUGAAGUCCCCAAGGCGGUCACCGACGUUCUUCCUCCGGUCAACAAAGCGGCCUUGCCUAUUCUGCCCCAUCGUGCAGAGUUAGAGCAGACUCCUCCAUCAGCCCAAAUCAUCCCGGCCAGCUACCUUUCUCGUACAACGCCGUCGAGGCCGCCACCGGAAAAGCAUCGCCGGAUCAUGCCGAAAUCUGUCACCACUGUAUAUAGCGAUUACAGGUCGACUGCCGAGCCCGAACGUUCUUCGGCCACGUUUCCAAGAGCAGAAACGGAAGAUACCGCGAUGACAAGGUUGUCUGAGCAUAUCGCCGAUACCCAACAGCCUUCCGGAGAGCAGUCUGCUGAUACCAGUAGUCAUUCGGUGAAGACGACGGAACAAGGGACUCAACAACUGGCCAGCUCUGACGAGAAGAUCCCACCGAACGGGCCGCCCUCUCAAGUUCCUUAUACUGCCUACAAAGUGGCAUACCCAGACUACGAGGGAACUCUCGGCGACUUUGUGCGGGCAGUUCUUUGUGUCCGUGAUCUUCGAAAGCGAAGUGCCAUCAUGGAAUUUCUCUAUGACGACUUUGUCCGCUACUAUUGCAAUGACUACCUACAGUACAUACGCGAAGCAGCAGCAGAUGGCCAUGGCCAUGUCCCAGUCCGGGCAGCCAUAGAGUUUUACAAUGACCAGGUUUCCAGACCUCGCUACCAAAAGGGGGUCCUGACUAAAGAAAACAUUAAUGAUGUUCUCGACAAGUACCCUAAGAUGGUACGGUCGAUCAGCGAGACUCUGGAGUCUGCUGCCACGCCAUCAGUCCUAGAGGAAAACGGAGAUUCAAGCAAACCAAAGGUAGCGCCUAUUAUUCCAUCGCCGUCGACGACGAACCGUUUACCAAAGGCAUGCAUGGUUGCAAAGUCAACCACGAAAGCUCUGGUCGGGACCCUCCGAGCCGAACUCGCUUCAGACCCCAUCUACCCUCCAUCCUCGAUACCGCAAAAGAGAAUCCGGCCGGUUAUCCAGGCCAUUGACCGUUCGGUGCCACGUCGACUAUCCAACAGGCCUCUGGAACUUGAGCCUCCUAUUGAAGAUGAACCAAUACCAGGUUCAGAUGCUGCUGCGCCUAUCGAGAUAGACUCGGCGUCUUCAUCAUUAUCACCAUCUCCUUCGCCUCCUCCUGCUGUGCUUCCACAACCACCUAGUCGCUCACAAGGCCGUGGCCCUACUUCAUCCGCCACCAAAGUCACUCGACCACAGGAGCAAGUCGGUAAAAGCUCGCCUCCACGAGAGGCAUCAGCAGGCUUUAAAAGGCCACGACUGGAUACUAGCCCACCACCACCUCCAGCUUCCUCAACAAAAAUCACCACGCAACAGGUCUCUAUCAGUCCGCCGCCUCCUCGGCGGGCAUCAAACGUUGCCGUCAGCUCCCUAACACUGCCCAUCAACCACCAACGAACACAGCAAGAAAACAUCCGUCCCAGCUCGCAAAUCGUACCAGGGACUCCCGCCCCAGCACCAGCACCAGCACCAGCACGAUCUCUUCCUCAAACAACUGCACCAAGCCCUUCAUGUCCUCUUAUCACCCAGAUCCCCACUAACACCAACUUGACCAACCCGAACACCAACCUCCCCAUGCUCAGCCAACUCAGCAACGCAGAUAGUAUUCCCGACCCCUUUGCCCCAUCCUCCCCCACAACCCGCUCAAAGCUCCUUUCCAGCAGCGCCACCAAGACCAAGACCAAGAUAUUCUCACUUCCCCUUCCUCCCGGCCCGUCACGGCCAGCUAGUACUACCAUCACUACUGGAACCACAGCCGCAGUCCAUCAUCACUUAGUCAACCAGAACCCGAACCCCUUCCUCUCAACCCAAACCAGCAACGCAGAUAGUAUCCCCGAACCCAGCCUUCCUCCACGCUUACAACGUCAGCGAAACUCCAUCUACAACUCCAGCUUGAACUCUUCAAGUUCUUCAAGUUCUAGUUCAAGGUUAACUUCCUCGAACCUAUCGAGGUUAGCGCAUAUUACUAGUAGCAGAAAGUUUUUGCAGAGGAAGCCAGCGGUGGGAACACCAAUCCCAUCUAGUUCAGCUUCGGGAUCAGGGAUGGGGUCGGGAUCAGGGUCGGUCGGGGUUGGGGUGACGAGUAGCGCUGUUUCGGGGGUUGUUGGAUCAGGUGGUAUUGUGAAGAGUAAAGGCAAGGAUAAGGGAACAGAUAAGGGCAAGGGAAAGGCAAAAGUGAAGGAUACUGGGAGAGAUUUGAGGGCGCAGUAUUUCGUUGAGUUUGUGAGGAAGAAGAAGAUGCAGGAGAUGAGGGAGGCGGCGGAGAGGGCGGAGAAGGAGAAGGCUGCUGCUGCUAGCUCGAGUCACCCGGUUCCGGAGGGUAGUAAUGGGCGGUAA